CAGAGGCAGAGGGGCAGCGAGCAGGAGAGCAGGCUGCUCUGCCUUUGUGAGAGGGACCAAGGCGGCAGCUCCUCUCAGCUCAGGUUCCAAGUGCCCAAAGUGCUUCCAUUUACAUCACCGUGUGCGGUGCAGGGCAGAAGGGGCUGCCAGGAGAUCUGAAACUAAUUUGCCUCCAGUUGACCAGAACAGCGUAUUUUGCAUUAGCCCGCUUCUUUUCUAGCUAACUUUUUCUCAAGCGUUAAACUGAUGAACUGGGCAUUUUCUAUGAUCAAUGGGUAACUGCUGGAGCUACAGUAAUCUCUGUGAUCAUGGAGGAAGCACUUUACUGCCACCGAAUGUCACAAAUGAAUUUCCAGAAUAUGGGACCAUGGAGGAAGGCAGAGAAGGUCUAAGAGCUUCUCUGGAGUUUGAUGCAGAGUCUCUGUCAUGCUGCGCCCCCAGGGAGCAGGGACUCCCUCUUGCCAGCCAAGACUCUGGGCUCCACAGUGUUACAGAAGGACCAAACAAUAUCCCAGAGGCCCCCUCGCAGAGUCACCUCAGGGAACAAAGUUUACAGCCCAUUGACUCUUUGAUUUCAGCUCUGAAAGCCACAGAAGCCAGAAUAGCUUCAGGAACAUUACAGGCUACGAAGGUACUGGACAAAGAUGCUGUUUCUGGUUUUUCAGUUCAGCAGGUGGAAAAAGAGUCCAACACUGCUGGUCGUAAAGCAUCGAGAGCCAUCAAACCAUCCCCUGCUGGCCAAGAAAAAGCACUAGCUGUACCUCUUGUAGCUGAAGAAACGACAGAAGAAAAUUUUUAUUUGAGCAUCCAGGAGGAUCUGACUGCACUGUUAACUGGAGAAACUCAGGCAGAGCGUUCCCAGACAACUACUAACGGGCGAAAGGGGGCUGUCUCUGUGCAGGCGCCGGCCUGUCCUGUAUUCUCCCUGCGGAGCUCAGACGUGACACCCAAUUCUGUAGGUGGAGUGGGCUUUCUGGAAGAGCAGAGAUCGGAUCUUGGGAGACAGGACUCAGGGGGGUGUGAUCGAGGUGCUUCCCUAGGACAUGUGGGCCGGGUCAAACAUGUGGAAUUUCAAGGGGUAGAGAUAUGGUGGGCAGGACGAGACAAGAGAAGGACCCAGCAUUCUAUUGUAGACUGGGCGGCACCAUCGGAAAGGACAACCUUUCCUGAACAUGAAGAGUUUCCCAGGGCGUCAGGCCAUCGCGUCUCAGUGGCUGGCUCCUGUAAUUCAGUGAGUUUAACAGAGAAUGUUCGCGAUGACACUUGGAACGCGUCUCCAGGGAGGCCCGGUCCUAGCUCAGGGACAUUUUCCCCCAUGCCUCUUGCUGACAGCGGAGAGGAUGAAGUCUUUCUGAAAGAAAACCAACAUCUUGAGAAGAAACCUGAGAGAGACAGUGAAAGGAUCCUGGAGGAAGAAGACCACCUUAGGGAAGGAGAUGAUGAUAUUCUUGGGACAGGAUAUACAGAAGACUCUACUGAUGUUUACAGCUCCCAGUUUGAGACCAUUUUGGACAACACUUCUUUGUACUAUAGUGCAGAGUCAUUGGAGACAUUAUACUCAGAGCCUGAUAGCUACUUUAGCUUUGAAAUGCCCCUUACUCCAAUGAUACAACAGCGCAUCAAAGAAGGUGGCCAGUUCUUGGAGAGGACUUCAGCAAGAGAACAUCAGGACAUCCUGAGUGUCUCAUCAGACGGAGGCAUAGUGAUGGGCUACUCUAGUGGGAUCGCCAACGGGCUGAAUGAUGCCAGCGACUCCAUCUACUCAAAAGGCUCUCCGGAGAUUGCUUUCUGGGGAAGCAAUGCUGGGGUGAAAAACACGCAGCUAGAGGAUUGUUCUGAAAUGGGGAGUACUCACAUUCUGGAAAAAGAGACCGCAGAAAGUCUCAGUAACGGUACCAGCAGCAACGUGGAAGCCGCUAAAAGACUGGCCAAACGCCUUUAUCAACUGGACAGAUUCAAAAGAUCCGAUGUCGCCAAACACCUGGGCAAGAACAAUGAAUUUAGCAGACUAGUUGCAGAGGAAUAUCUGAAGUUUUUUGAUUUUACAGGAAUGACGCUAGACCAGUCUCUCAGGUAUUUCUUUAAAGCAUUUGCUCUUGUGGGAGAAACUCAAGAACGAGAGAGAGUUUUAAUACAUUUCUCCAAUAGAUAUUUUUAUUGUAACCCAGAUACCAUUGCUUCACAAGAUGGAGUCCAUUGUCUGACCUGUGCCAUGAUGCUUCUGAACACUGAUCUGCAUGGCCAUAAUAUUGGAAAGAAGAUGACCUGCCAAGAGUUCAUUGCAAAUCUCCAAGGGGUAAAUGAGGGUGUCGAUUUCUCCAAGGAUCUGCUAAAAGCUCUAUACAACUCCAUUAAGAAUGAGAAGCUUGAAUGGGCAGUAGAUGAUGAAGAGAAAAAAAAAUCUCCCUCAGAAGGUACUGAUGAGAAGGCAAAUGGAACACACCCAAAGACCAUCAGUCGCAUCGGGAGCACCACUAACCCGUUUCUGGACAUUCCUCAUGACCCAAAUGCUGCUGUGUACAAAAGCGGGUUCUUGGCUCGGAAAAUCCACGCAGAUAUGGAUGGAAAGAAGACUCCAAGAGGAAAACGAGGAUGGAAAACCUUUUAUGCUGUCCUGAAAGGAACAGUUCUUUACUUGCAAAAGGAUGAAUACAAACCGGAAAAGGCCUUGUCAGAGGAGGACUUGAAAAAUGCUGUGAGCAUGCACCAUGCCCUGGCAUCCAAGGCCACAGACUAUGAGAAGAAGCCAAAUGUGUUUAAACUGAAAACUGCCGACUGGAGGGUCUUGCUUUUUCAAACCCAGAGCCCAGAGGAAAUGCAAGGGUGGAUAAACAAAAUUAAUUGUGUUGCAGCCGUGUUUUCUGCCCCACCAUUUCCAGCGGCCAUUGGCUCUCAGAAGAAGUUUAGCCGCCCACUUCUGCCUGCCACUACUACAAAGUUAUCUCAGGAGGAACAGCUGAAAUCUCAUGAAAGCAAGCUGAAGCAGAUUACCACCGAGCUGGCAGAGCACCGCUCCUAUCCCCCAGACAAGAAAGUUAAAGCCAAGGAUGUAGAUGAAUAUAAGCUCAAAGAUCACUAUCUGGAGUUUGAGAAAACCCGUUAUGAAACUUAUGUCAGCAUUCUGAAAGAAGGAGGCAAGCAGCUCCUGAGUCACGAUGAAAACGAGGCUGCUGGUCUGAAGAAAUCACACUCUAGUCCUUCGCUGAACCCAGAUUCCUCUCCGAUCACCGCCAAGGUCAAGCGUAAUGUGUCAGAGAGAAAGGACCACCGACCAGAAACACCGAGCAUUAAACAAAAAGUUACUUAGAAUCUGUCUGAGGCCAGGAAGUGCUGGUCAUGGAGCAAAAUAGGGGUUUUCAAGAUCUUUCUGGUAAUCCGUGAAUAUAUUUAAAAAAAAAAGUCUGUGACUAAAUGGUGCAUUAGUAACUUUUUAUAUUGUAUAUUUUUGUUAGUUUCUGUACAGAUUUGUCUUUGCUCUUGAUUUCUUUGCUUUGAUGAUUUUUUUGCAAUUUGAUGACUAAUGCACCUUUUUGUGAGGAGUUAGAGGAUCAUGAUUUCAGAAUGAAUUCUACAUCCCUUCUCCUUUGGUUUUUCUCUUAUUUGCACUCUGCUCAGUUGUUUUAUGUAUUCUCAAAUCAACCAUUAUCCUUUUUUUAAGGUUAAAUAAUUUAAUCCAUUGUGAAACACUUAACCGGACAAACUUCGUAGUUUAGUAAAUUCUAGCCAGAGUUAACAUAAGCCUUUAUAUGUGAAAUCUUGCCCAGUCACGGAGGUGAAGCUGAAUACUCACAUAUUUCAGUGAGAAAUGCAGUGCUGGGAAUCAAGAUGUUCCAACAUGAGGUAGCCCUGCGUGAACCUUAGCGCUUAGUGUUGAGUUCGAACCCUUCUGGAAGCAGGGGGAGAAGGUGUAAAGACCCAGGACUGGAGAACUUGGGGAAGAACAGGAGCUUGCUUGAAGUGUGGGUGCAGUUCCAGCCAAGCAAGGGGAAGAGGAAGUGGAGUCAUUUUACCAUCGAAGGCUGAGGACAGAUGGAUACCGAGUUAAUUUUGUUUUCUGAAGGAUAGUGGCAAUAAUUGGCUCCUGGGGUAGCUACAGCAAUAGACUUGUGUUUAGUCUGCAGGAAAUUGUUACUUCACUCCCACAGGGUCUAGACUGGGAAUCCAGAAUCAUCUCUAUCGUUGACACACUUGCACCCAGGAAUAGCUUCUUUUUUAUGCCACAUAUAUAUGUAUAUAUAUGAGGUCAUCUCCUGGUUGUUAGGAUAUUGGGGUCUUCCUAACAAAAUAUGGAAAAUGGAGCUCCUUUUGUUCUUUGCUUAAGCCAAGACAAUACAAGGGAGCAAAAAUCAGCUACAGUUGUUCAGCAGUGAAUAUUGUUUCUUGAGGCUAAAUCGUAAGUAAUAGUUUGAAUGGGUUGUGGUUGAAAAUGGAAGAAUCGGCUGGUUGCGUAUGCAGCGUUUCUUAGUUUAUUUUUAUCUCAGUCUCUCUGAUAGCCACUUCACUCUGUCACUGUUAAACUUGCUCCUAAAAAUUCUUUGUCUGUUCUAAAUCAUUUGUAUGUUACUCAAAAUAGUUCUCUCCACCUUACAGUCACAAGCUGUAUCUGUGACAGCCCCUUUGAAAUUCAGGGUGAUGAACAGAAUAAUCUUUUCUAGAGGAGGAGACAGGAAUGAAGGUUCAGUGCCCUGUGACUCAGAAGUCUCAGAUUUCUAAACCUUGAAACUGAUUUCCCUAAAGCUAUCAUCUUCCCAAACGACGCAGCUUCAAAGCUAAUGGGAUCAUUCUGAAUAUUCUUUUUCCUCCCAUGGACAAUUUCCUCUACUUCUGCUUUGUUUUUUAGUUGAAGGUACUAUGACCAAAGAAUCAGCUGCUCUGCGUGACUAGCAUAGUCCAAGUGGAUUAAAGGAAACCUGCUAUAAAACCAUGGUAUUUCUAGUGAUGUAUUGUUUUGAUGUACUCACAUUUAGUUACAUGAUUACUAAUUAAUGUUUACUUCCCCUAUUCACGCGUCCAUAUUUGUUGGUGUACAGAAAAGUAACCCCUCUAUAAUGGUUGUAGCUGCAUGCUUCAUGGUAUUUUACCACACCUUUGAAAAAUGUACUCUAUCCUCUACAUUGUGUUGGUGAAGGCAAUGUCUGAAUUUAUGUUUCAGAACUAUGAAACACACUAGUUACCAAUAUAGCCCAUAUACCUGAAUCGUUUUGGUAGCUUCUUAUGAAGCCCAGAGUUUUCAUAAGCAAGUUGCCUUUCUUCCUGAAAUCUGAGUUAUCAGUGUUUUCUGUCUAGAUAUUUAUCCUAGUUUAGGGGAGAGAGAGGUACUUAGACCACAUGACCUAUGAGCUUCAGUAACUGAUAUCCCUGACUAGCUUGAAUGUGUUUACCCACAGCAUAUAUCUAUGUAUAUAGAAUGUUUAUGUGUGUUUUACUUCAAGUAUAUAAUGCAUAUUGACUGGUACCUUGCUGCAGUAUUUCUGAUGUUUAGAGUAGUCUUAAAAUACUCGAAUGGCAUCAGCACCACCAUAGCACUGGUCCUGAUACAGGACUCAUUGACUUUAGCUCCCAAGACUCCCAGACAUGCUAAUGGGUAGUCAGAUGACAAGGGCACUUCUGAAUUAGCAGUUAACAACUUUAAGGUUCUUUUGUGGGCCAGGAUCCCAGACUGCCGGUCACAGGUCAUGUGAUGCUAUCCAUGUGCAGGAGAUGGUCUGAAAACACCUCUUCCCUGAGGCCUCUGGAAGAAAGGUGUCUGCUACCAGUAUGGGUUGCAGGCCAAGAUUUAUCCUGGGGCAGGAAAUGAGUCUCUGAUUCUACCGGCUUCUGAGAAUCUGGUCUGUAGCCAGCCACUUUUUUCUGUUAUGAUCAUUUCUUCUCAGUGGUUUAUAGUCAAAAAGCUUUUCCUUUCGCAGCUGUGUUUAACCUUGUACAAUUCACGGUACCGAGGAGCUGUCCUCCUCCUGCCCUUCUGAAGGUACCCCUCCGCACCCCUUCCCACCUCACUCCUCACCCCUACCUCAGAGCCCAGGGGCCUUGGAAUUUCUCUGCAUGUGGGAAAUCAUCAUUCUUUUUCAUACAUAUGCUUUCAGUAUUACUUUUUAGUGUAGAAAAUCUUGAUAACUCCUCGAAAUACCUUGUUACAAAUUGACCAAGGAAGUGGCCCAUAUAUAAAAUCCUUUUGUAUUUUGGGGUUUGCCACCACUUUCCAUACUGGCUUUUGCAUGGAGGUAUCAUGGACUUGUCAUCAAUCAAACUGAGUUACUAGCAUAUAGAGUCUUUCCAGAUCAUAGAUGUUUUUGAAAUGCAGAUUUUUAAACCAGUUACUAAGACUUAAGUCUUGUCUAAUCAAGACAAGCAAUAUUUUUGUGCAUUUUAGUUAAUCUCAGUAAAACCAACAAGUGAGUGACUCCUUUGGUUGCAGUAGUUCCUGGAGGAUAUGGAACAUCUUCCAUUGCUCUUGGGUAAAGCAAGUAGAAGGCAUUUUCUCACGCAGCAGCAGUCUUGUCCUAUCUGUAAGACCCUAGUUGCUUCUACCACUGGCAUCAUAAUCCAGGAGGUGAGGACUGUACCCUACGCAGAAAUGACAGCAGGAAAUUAAUUCUGGAACAGGAAAAUCUGGCUGUCUUUUCAAAGACCAGUUAGGUUUGUAUUUUGCCAGGUGACCAGACCGCUGAACUUCUAAUGUUGGGAGAGAAUUUGCAUAACUAACAGAAAGAGGACUUUUGCUGCAUAAGUACCAAGUUACACAGAGUUUUUGGCUGUCUUUUUGUACUGGCCCCCUUAUGAUCAAAGGCCUAAAAAUCUGUUCUUGGAUAAAACACAGCCCUGCUUUGCCCUGAACUGUGCCUCUUUUCUGCCUUUUUCCCCUAACCAUUGGCAAUGGGAAGAAAACUUUCUAGAAAUCAGCUUCUUCCUUAUCUUCUUGUCAAGACCUUUUUGAGUUCAGUUGAUUGUCCUUAGAAAUUGAAUUCUUGGACAUUUUUCCUUGUAAUAAUCACUUAUUUCACUCAGCCUCAGUUCUCAGUAAGUUCCUUAUGUAUGCAGGUGCAAAUCUCUGUAGUUUCAGUUCUUAUGGACUCAGCUUGAGUUUUUAGCAAGUCCAUAGCCACCUUUCUCAAUUUAGCAGAGAAUGAUCCCUUUACUUUUUGAAUAACAGAAUUGUGUUUUCAGUUGUAAAACUAGCACUGUAAAAUAAGAAACCAACAUGGCAUCCUAACACUUGUUUUUAAAAGUAGAGCCUACUUUAUGAAUAAUAUUAUAAAUUUGGACUUAAUAGUAUCUGCCUAAAUAGAUUAAUGAGUUUUGUGGGCAGAUGAGCCUCUGGGAGUGCCUUUCUCCAAAUCUUUCUGCAAUUUUGAUCCAUGCUAGGCUGCUGAUCUCUUUCAAGGACAGAAAAUUUCUCACUCUACCAGUCUUUGAACAUCUUACAUCAUCAAAUCAUCCCAAGAUUGUAGAGAUAACCACAAAAUAAUCCUGUGAUCAGUUAUUGGUAGAGAUACAGAUGUACUUUGUCACUGCUUUUCUUUUUGGAUUCCUUUUCCAUCUCUUUUAAAAAAAAGGACUGAAGUCCAAGGUCACCCUCCUUUUAUACCCACGGUAUCCGGCCCCAGGCAGGCAGCCUUCUGCUUAGGACAGGAAUUGGGCCAUUGCAUGCAGAGAGAAUGUCUUCAGAGAAUGUCAGUAAAUACUUGAAUCUGCAUGCCAGUUUGUUGACUUGAAUGCAACAGCAAGAAAUAGGGCAAGUUAAUUGUAUAUAUAAUAGUUUCCUUAGGUCUCUUGGCUCAUCCUUUGUAAUUUAUGUGUGUAUCUGCUGUACUGUAGGUUUUUGGAAAUACUCGUACAGACAGAAAUGUUGGAUGUCAAAGAUAAUGCUUUCUGUCACAUGCCAAUGUUGUAUUUGUGGGUAUUUAUAGUUGUACGUAUGUAUAAGCAUCCGUGUGUAGAUUGUGUGUCAGUAUAUGGUAUAUGUACAUCCAAAUCAUUUUGUCUUUAAUAACCAGUGUGAUAGGAAAAGCAAGUAAAAAACCUCAUAGGACUGAUUAUAUAAUGCAGUUGUUGAAAGUACACGUAGUGGUAUUGCUUUAUUCAACUUAAAUUCAAAUGAUAUUUUGAUCAACUUUUAAUGACUUUGUGCUAGGAAAAUUCCAUCUUUGAGGUGUGAAUCACCAGGGCAAAAGUGACUUUGAACUAAAUCAUGUGGAUCUGUUGAAGUGUAUAGUCUGCAAUACCUAGGGGGUAGCUCAUUAUAAUUUUGGAAAUGCAGAAAAUUAAGGGGGGAAAGAAGGCAACCUGUGCAGUUUUAGUAACUUUAGUAUUAAGAGCACUUAAACAUAAAGUUGAACUGACAAUUGUGGGCUUAUUACAAAAUGUGAAGCUUACAGCGCACAUUCUUUAUUGUUGUAAUUAGUCCAGAACAUAGAGCUUUCAGAAGAAUCAAAUAAGUUCCCACCAUAUAAUGUAUGUACCUAUGUAUAUUUUACAGUAGCUCAAACCGCUCUCCUGGGUGCCGUAUCCUUACCCUCUUGAAAGAAAUAUCAUAAAUGCUGAAGUAUAUCAGGGCAUCCCAAGAAGGGGUACUGUAUUCCAGGUUUGCAGUUGCACACAUUGGCAACUGGUGUCACAGGUAAAAGGACUUUAGGAGCAGGUUGAAACUUUAUUUAAUAUUUUUAUACUUAAGUCUCUUUUUCCUGCCUCUCCCCAAAGAAGAGCCACUGGCCUUAGUUGUUUGACUUUAUUGCAUAUAUUAUAGAGUGUAAAUAGAUAACUAGAGACUAAAAUUUUAUUAACCAGCAUGUUUGGUGUAUUUAAAGCAGCGACUGAGUGUGUCUGAUUGUGUGGCUGAGUGUGGUGUCUUCUGUUCAGAUACGCUGCCUCCUGUCUUUGUGUCUGAUUCAGAGAACUGAAGCCGUGCAGUAGGAGUCUCAUCUUCAGCUCCAGUCUGCAGUAGUGUCCUGGUAGUUACACUUAGUUUUUUAAAUUAACUCUACAGUCUCAAAACUAUUUUUGAAAAUAUAUAUCAUAUUUCCUAAUUUCUUCUUGAUGUGCAGGGGACUGGCUCUGUGGCUGAUCUGCUAGCAGGGUCUUAGUUCUACAAGAGUAUUUCCUUCUGAGAAUUAUUUGUGAUUUGCAAAAAAAGAAAAAGCCUUUUGAUUCAGAAAUCAUAUGAAAAAGAGUGAUAGGAAUAAAAGCUUUAUUUUGGGCUUUAGUUUUGAAAUAUUUGGAUUUUACUGUAAAGCCAUGUAGGCUGUAAAGCCAAGUAACCAUUUGACAUGGAUAAUAAUAUCUACGUUAGAAAGAGUAUAUAUGCACAUGGACUUUUUAAUGCCGUUAAAAUGCUUUUUUAGAGCUAUAGAAACAAUAAUAAUUAGACCAAAUUGAAGUGGAGUGGGUGAGUAGGCUGCCUGCCAUUGAGGCUAAGCUGUGAAUGUGUUCAAUCCUCUGCUCCUAAGAAAUUCAGAACCAGUUUACUGGCCCUUAAAGAUGUAGGGAGAAAGUUGAUGAGUCUGGGCCCUCUUCUGUAAACACUUGCACCCAGUGAAUGUUUUAAAUUAUACAAAUGUAAGACUUUAAGAAACAAAGGGCCGAGGAAUUAUAAAGAGAUGAUGAACAAAUGCGGAGAAACAACGUCACAUGUUUUCUAAGGACCAAGGAGAAAAUUGGGCUCUUUUGCCUGACUCUGAGAUGUGUUGCAUUGUUAACAGAGAAGCAGGGGUUACCUGUCACAUUCCUCCUGGUGGACUACAACUUGAAGUCCAGGCAGUAAGUCACAGGCAGUAAGUAGCUCUCCAGCAUCUCUCAGUACCUCAGUAGCCUAGGGGAAGACCCAGAAAACUGGUGUGCACCAUUUUCCUAGGUACCGAAGCCGUUUGCUGUACAGGUCAUUCCUUUAAUAAGGACCACAAAUGGACAAGCCAGGAAGCACUACACACAGAAGGGCACACAACCUUUCUGAGCUGUGCUGGUGAGAGCUCACACGAAAGGAUGCUGGGUAGUAGAGCACUUUUCCAUCAGCAAGGAUAGUGAGGUGAGGAGUGAAAAUGGCAUUUCCCUUUGCAGGGUGGAGAGCUAAGCUCUCAUUAACAGUGUUAUAAAAUAAGCACCUUAACUUCAAUUCCUGAAAAGAUUGGUUAAUGGAGAGAAUUUUGGAGUUUGGCCUAAAACUUUUCCUUAGUCUCCGAGCUCAACCACUCUUCGGAGAGUCUCAGCCACAAGGCUCAGUGAAGGACCAUGGUGCAGGUCUGAGGCUCACUGCUGUGAACCCUGAAUAGCAGGGCACCACAGAGGGAGACAAUGUCCCCUCUCCGGAGCUUCUCUCCUGGCCUUCCGCUCCACGUGGGCUUCUACUGAGCAGCACAUCCUGGGUUUCAGAUGCUUUAGGAAUCCAGCUGUCCCAAUGGGUUGACCUGGCAGAGGCAAGACACCAACUCAGAGUCACUCAGGUUGGCACAUGAUAAAGGUAAUGAAAACCAUCCUCUGCCUGAAGCAAAGAUCACAGAUUUUGCCUUUGCGAGACAAACUGGCACCUUGGGCUCUACCCAGGGUUGGAUGAUAUCUUUGCCUUCACACCUAGAUUUCCAGAGAUGAACAGUGUUUCAUUUCUGUGGGAGGGGUUGAGAAACAUGAACUUGCUCAGCCAUUCUGCUCUGUCCAGAUGAGAGCCGUCGGGUAAAGGCCUGCAUGCCUCCCUGCACCCUCUUCUACCUCAAGUUUCAGAAGCCCAACUCUAGAACAGAAAUUUACACAAGUGGAGAACCCAUAUUGUCAGCCUUGGUUACUCUGGGACAUGCAGAAGGGUGGUGAUUUGUAUCUUGUAACAUAAAAACAAGACUCUCACUUUUCCAACCCGUUCACUGGAGUGUAUUCACAUGGCUCUAAGUAAUGGACAGCGUGGAGCACUCCUGUACCCUCAGUUCUCUCCUUCAGUCAUUUCAGUUCCAUUGCAGUCCUGGUGCCGUAUGUCCCCUGCAAAUUGUGAAAGUAAUUAGUGACAAAACAGCAGCCUACUCCUUUGUAGGGGCCAAACUGUCAGCAUUAGCAGACGUGGGUAAGCUAAGCUAGUGGUACCGUAUUACGUACUAGAAACCUGUUCCUCAUUAUCACCUACCAGAUUCAAGAAAUGCCAUCUAGAAAUCGGCAUUUAUGGUGGUCCUCAUCUGAAUGGAACAGUAACUUAUGUGGAUAUUGUCAAAGUGUUUAAAGACUAUUUUGAGAAUUAAGUUUACAUUUUACAAUUGCUUUAUUUUUUAUGAAGAUAGCUGUAUAUAAAUAUUACCCUAUUUCACUGUUAUUAAAGAAAACCUCACCCUUGUAGACAAGUGGGUCGCCUGAUGUGUACAGAAGCUGUGAUAUACAUAGUACAUUUCUCUAUUAUGUAAAUGUUCAUGAACAUAACUGUUCCUGUGUUUUUAUAAGUUGAGGGUAUUUUGUUGUUUCAUGACAACAAAAAUUAUUGCAUUUAAAAUGGUUUUUAUGUAAUAGAAAUCAUGAAAAAUAGUGAAGGAUUUAAAAUAUGUAUAUGGUAUAUGUUAAAUGUACAAACUUUAGAAAGAAAUAAAUCCAACAAAUUUCAAUCAUUUGGGGGAAUGUUUUCCUUUGCCUUUUGGUGCAACUAGAAUAAUAUCUUUAAAACUAAAUAACACAACACCCUAACCCCCCUCCAUGAAAAGGCAACCAGGAGACCCAAGAUGAAGGAUUUGCCUGCUGUAACCGACUGAGGUGAAGAAGUUAACUUGUGAACACUGAUUCACCUCCUGGAUUUCCGUGAAGAUUUGUGUGUGGGGAAAAAAAAUUGUUGGUAGGUAGUAGUAGAGACUUCAGAGCUUUGUUGUCCCAAUGGUGCGGAGGGGGGGAGCUUUGAGCAGAGGAAGAACAAAUGAACUUUUUGAAGCAAUUUCAAGAAUCAUUUGCUUUCCCUUUACUUCUCAUCAAAGCAAGGGGACCAUGGAAUUAACUAUUGUCCUGCAGUGCAAAUGCUGAUCUCCAAAUCACUGCUUUCUGUGGCUAGUGUGUACCUUUGUGUUCUCUUACUGGAACCUAGUGUUAAAUUAAGAUCUGUUGACUUGGAAAAUGAAAAAUAAAAUUCCACCUGAACUUCUGAA